AUGAAUGCCAUUGGUUCUAAUUCCGAUCCAGCCAAAGCCAAAGGCUGUGCGGAGACUUAUGCGAUUAAAUACUUCUUAACUAAAUUCUUUUUAAUCCCCACUACUGACGAACUGGAUCCUGACGUAACCAAGGACCACGAAUACUCCAAUCGUCUUAAAGAUGGCAGCCAAGAAACAGCCCAACAAAUCCAAGCCCGACAUCAAGCCAAAGAGCAAAAGCGAAUUAACGAACUUAAACAAAA